AUGAGGGCUUGGGGUAAAUGGGUUACAGAAAUAAGAGUUCCAAAGUCUGGAGGAAGGAUAUGGUUGGGCUCUUAUGAUACUGCUGACGAGGCAGCUCGAGCCUAUGAUGCAGCUGUAUAUUGCAUUUAUGGUGAAUGUGGGAGAUUCAAUUUUCCAGAUUUCAGAAGGCCAGUGCUUCCUGCAGGCUCUAUGGUUUCCUUGUCCAAGGGGGAUAUUCAGCAGAUUGCCAUGAAUUUCGCUUCAGCUAAUGUACCAGAGUCUUUGCCGGUUUCAGCUACUGUGAAAACUGAGGUACAAGCUGAUACACCCACUUCUCCAAAUGUACUGGUUUCUAAGGAUAUGGCAAGUGCAUAUGAGGUAAAGGUUGAUCCUCUUGCCCCAACCUGUGCAAGUGGAGCAGGUUCUGCUGAUCCACCUGAAGAUUUCCACCUUGAUGAUUUCCGUAUGCUGGAUACAGAUUGGAUAGCUGAUUUCUAUUAG